AUGGCCAAUCUUAUAAUAAUUGGGAUAAAACAGCUGUGUGGUACCUCAAUCCUGGCAGUAGCAAUUUGGCUACGAGUAGGAAAAGAUGGUCCAGAGAUUCUCAGUCCUGGGGAUGCUACCAUUAACCCCUAUAUUGCUGUGAAUAUCUUGAUUGUUGUGGGUGCUAUCAUCAUGAUUAUGGGUUUCCUGGGAUGCUUUGGUGCCAUGAAAGAAAACCAGUUCAUGCUUCUUUUGUUUUUCAUAGGAUUGAUUCUGAUCCUACUUCUGCAAGUGGUGGCAGGUAUCCUAGGAGCUACUAACAAAUUUAAGACUGAACGUGCUCUGAAUGAGACUCUCCAGGCUAAUGUACAUCUUUUGAGUGCAACAAAUGAAAAUGGAAAACUAUUCCAGAAAGCCUUUUCUGAAAUUCAAGAAGAGUUAAAAUGUUGUGGUUUGAUCAAUGGAGCUUCUGAUUGGGGAAAUAAUUUUCAAUACUAUUACAAGUCAUGUGAAUGUCCAAGUGCAUCAGAUUCUUCUUGUACAAAGUAUGAUGGAAAAACUAUUUACCAACAGUCAUGCUUUUCUUUGAUAAGAGGCUUAUUUUCAAGACAUCUUUCCAUAGUUAUUGGACUAGCGUUUGGACUGGCAGCUGUUGAGGUACUUGGUCUGAUAUUUUCUAUUGUCCUGUACUGCCAGAUCAGGAAGAAAUAA